AAACAUAUAUUAUGACUCUCUCUUUCCCCUAACUGCAUAUGUAAGGAAUAUUAAUAUAUUAAAAAGCAAAAUAAAAUAAAAUAAAAUCUUCUUAAGCUCUGCCUCUUGGGUUUUACUUUAAGGCCUUUUUUUCGUACCAAAUAAUUCGAUCAAGCUAGCUGUGUGAAAAGGUCAUAUUUCUUUUCUUAUAUGUAUAACCAUCGAACACAAUCAAUUCUGACUCAGAAAUUUCCAAGACUAUGGAAGAUGAAAGACACAGCCUGAUAUUCUCGAAGCCCAGCAUCCAUGGGGGGAAAGAAUUAAAGAAGUUCGGAUCAUUCCUUAGAUGGGUCUGCGUGGACCAAUCAAGUAUAUGGCGGGUCGGGUUGUCGUGGUCCGUUUUCGUUGUGUUCACCAUUGGUGUACCUUUAGCGUCUCACUUCCUCCUCUCCUGUCCGACCUGCGACGACAACCAUAGCCGGCCGUACCAUGUGCCAGCGCAGAUAUCGCUCUCGCUUUACGCAACCCUUUCUUUCUUUUGUUUGUCUCGUUGGGCUCGUAAGUACGGGUUAAGGAAGUUUCUCUUCAUCGACAGAUUGUGCGAUUCCAGCCAGAAGGUCCGACAAAAAUACGAUGAAUAUGUUCAGGAAUCUCUGAAGUUUCUGGUAGCGAUCAUCCUUUUGUACUCUGCUGCUGAGUUUGCAUACAAAAUAUGGUGGUACGUCUCAGGCGCACAGGAAAUCCCAUAUUUCGGCAACCUCGUUCUAAGCGAGACACUUUUCUGCAUGUUGGAGCUCUUUUCAUGGCUGUAUCGAAUCACACUAAUUUUCCUUGUCUGUGUUCUCUUCCGCCUUAUCUGUUAUCUUCAAAUACUAAGACUAGAAGAUUUUGCACGAGUUUUUCAGAAGGAAACUGAAGUGGGUCUUAUCCUAAUCGAACACCUCAGCAUCAGAAGAAAUCUCCGGACCAUUAGCCAUAGAUACAGACUCUUCAUCUUGUUCUCUCUUCUUUUAGUCACUUUAAGUCAACUCAUUGCUCUGCUCAUGGUAACCAAGUCAAGUUCUCAUGUCAACGUUUUCAAAGCUGGAGAACUUGCGAUAUGCUCUACAAGCAUAGUGACAGGGCUUUACGUAUGCCUGCGUAGCGCGACUAAAGUAAGUCACAAGGCUCAGUCACUCACAGGGUUGGCUGCAAAAUGGCAUGUAUGUGCUACUGUCAACUCCUUUGAUUCUUUGGAUGAGGAGACUCCAACUUCGGCCAUGACAGCAGCCCAACUUUCUUCGGGUCAAGUUUUUCCUAUAGGGGGCGAGUAUGGAUCGGAUGAGGAAUCAGGGAGUGGAGAUGAUGAUGAUGAUUUGAACGACACCAAGUUGGUCCCAAUUUUCACUCACACCAUAUCAUUUCACAAACGGCAAGCUUUAGUGACGUAUUUGGAGAAUAACAAAGCAGGAAUUACAGUGUUUGGAUUCAUGCUGGACAGAACAUGGCUUCACUCCAUUUUUGGGAUUCAACUUGCUCUUUUGCUUUGGCUACUCAAUAAGACAAUUGGUAUUUCUUAAAUCUUCUAAGUGCUUAUUGAUCUUGAUCUGGUUCAAAGGUCAAACACAUGAGCAAUGAAGUUCAGACAAGAGGACUCCUUUAUUAAGCUAAUUCUUCAUGAAAUCUUGAGUUUGAACUACUUCAUAAUGGAUGAAGAGGCUUAUAAACAUCAAUUGAUUAAAGUUGUGAAGGUAAUACUGACCAUUACCAGAGAACUUAAUUAAGAAAGAGAAUGGAAUAAGAAGAAGAAAAGAAUAGAAGGCCUCACAAUCUGAAGUGUCUUUUUUUCUUUACUUGGCCCAAAAUGCGUAGUUUUGUUUACAAGAUGUAAAAGUAAUGAAGGGUUUCCUUCAAAUAAGUAAAUAAAAUUCAAGGGCAUUUGAGAUUA